CACUUAUAUCUCACAGUUAGAGCUCUAUGGAAUAAUAGUUCAGCUCUCUAAAGAGCCAAAGUAAAGCUACCAACUUGUCACUCGUAAUAUAAUUACAAUUCUGCCCUUUCAUCUUCUGUAUGAAUAUACCACCACCCCUUUCUUUCGGUGGGUUCUUGAGAGUAAGGAGAGGCCACGAAGCUUGCCUGUGAGGAAGAGGAAGAUGAGGGCAGAGUCAGGGUUCAAUGCUGCAGCAGUGGCGGUGCCGGCGGCGGUAGCGGGUGGCGGCCGCUCAGGGUCGGAUGCGGCGCCGUUGCUGUACCUGUUCGGGGGACUGGUGGCCAUGCUGGGCCUUGUGGGUGUCGCGCUCAUCCUCCUCGCUUGCGCCUACUGGAAGCUGUCAGGACACUUCGACCGCGGCGGAGCGGAACCGGGGGCUAAUCUGGAACCGGCGACGGCGACGCCGGCGACGUUCUACAAGCAGGAGAUCGUGGUGGUCAUGGCCGGGGACGAGAAGCCGACGUACCUCGCGACGCCCAUCCCGAGCGGGGCUUCCUCGUUUGGCGGCCGGUCCAGUAAGAAUGAGGACGAAGACGAUGAGAAAAGGGAGUAGGAGACUGCUGAGGACUGUCAGUGGAUUGGGGAAAUACUACACGACACCACCAAAACUUGGAUGUAUGAGGUGGGUUUUCUACUAUUGUCUGAAGGUAACGGGUUAAUUAGUUAGCCGUUUGCGGUA